AUGGCCUCGCUCCUCGAACGCACCCUCGGCGGCAUCCGCAAGGACAACGCGCCCGCCGACAGCCGCAGGACCAGCGGCGGAGGCGGCCAGUCGCGCAACAGCCCCUACGCAAGGCCCGUCGGCGACUCGUGGAAGCACGACAAGUUCGACACGCCCGACUCGUCUUCGUCGACCCUCGACCCGGCCUCGAGGCCCACCGGCGCCAGCAGCAGCACUGACCAGGGCCCGAGCAACAAGCUCGUCAUCCACAACCUGCACUACGAGGUGUCGGAGCGCGAGCUCGAGCUCCUGUUCGUCCAGAUCGGCCCCAUGGCCACCGCGCCCAAGAUCAAAUUCGACCGCUCGGGCCGCUCGACCGGCACGGCCUGGGUCACCUACCUCGAGGACAAGCACGCCGCAAAGGCCAAGGAGGCGUUCAACGGCGCCAUGGCCAAGGGUGAGCCGAUCGAGGUCGACUUCGACUACCGCAACGACCGUCCUUCAGAGCGCGGCGCAGCUGCGCCUGGCUCUCUCCUCGCUCGUCUCGGCGGCACCGAGUCCGGCUCUCGCGGCCCCAAGUACGCCGCCCCGACUCGCGGCCCGGGAGGCGGCGGCCCCGAUCGUGCGCCUCGCGCCGAGCGUGGCUCGGCCGGCGCACCGCGAGACGGUCCUCGUGGCGGUGAGCGCGGCGAGCGCGAGCGGGGCGGGCGCGGCGGCGUACGCGGCGGACGUGGUGGGCGCGGCGGUGAGCGGUCGGCGGGCGGCGGGAGGGGCGAGAAGCGCGCGCCCAAGACGAACGAGGACCUCGAUGCCGAGCUCGAGGCGUUCAUGAAGGCCCCGGCGGCAGAGGACAAGCCCAAGCCUGCAGCUGCACCCGCACCUGCGGCCGGCGGCGACGACGUCGACAUGUCCUGAUCGCGCCCGACCUCCUCUUAUCGAAACCUCGCCGAGCUGCGCCUCGUGCCCCUCUUCCCGAUCACUCUCUUUCUCUGUGCCCUUGUAGAGAACUUGUACAACCCUUCGUCGGACGACUUCGCGCCCGGG